AUGCGUCCCUUGUUUUUGCGACCGGACGUCGUCAAUCGGAUCUUGUACCAGGCUGCUUUGGAAAAUUUGCAAACAAACUGUAAACUAGCUUUCAUACCAAAGUUUGGGCAGUUAGGGGAUGCACUUUGGAGCCCACAUGUUGCUCUUGAGCUUGCCCGACCUCGCUAUAGACUCAAAGUCAAAACGCGGGCGACUGAUGUUCAGAGCAAUCGCCCUGAGGUGUUGCGUCAGCCUUCCAAUGUCCAGGAGGUGAGGGAACAGAUUCCUUGGGAUGCUUCCCAACCAUACUAUGUCCCGGGUUUGCGAAAGCUGCAAGUGUCACGUGAACAGAAGCGGCUGUUGCACAACCGUGAUGCAGACGGCAAGGGAUGGCAUCGCCUUGCCCCUUUCUACGGUGCUGAAGGCAAUGGUGAUGCUGAGCUUGUAUGCGUUAAGUGUCACCAGCGUACUGACUUCAACGGCUGGAAGCGCAAGUGGCAGCAGCGCCACUGUGGAGGUGCUAGUGGCGAAACUCAUCAAGAGGUUGCUGUUGCUCAAGGUACGUUAAAUUGGCGCAAGCGACGCGUGCGCCAACAUAAUGAAACUGCAGAUGCAAACCACUUGCAUCUGAUUGCAGAGCCUCAGGCCCAUGAUGGGCGCAUUCGAUGCACACGGCCUCGAUGCAGUGCCCAUUUAGCAUGGUGCCAGGCACGGACAUUCUUCGCUCAGCCUUGUCCCGGCUGA